UUGAAGUUUCUCUCUCCCAAAACCCUAGAAAACCCCUUUUCGCAAAAUUUACAACUGUGGAAAGUGAAAUACCCAUCAGACACCAAAAGCCUUCCCGCCCUCUCUCUCUACACAUAUACCGAUACACACUCACACUGUCUCUAUAUCAGCUGACCUUUUCUUGGCUGUAUUGGCAAUGCUCAGAGAAGAUGCAGAAGCUGCUGCGUCAAAUCCCUUCACCCCCCAUUCGCCGCUCUCUCUCUAACACCCCCGCCACGACCACCUCUCUCUCUCUAGGGUUUAACCCCAACAGCCACCACAACACUAAAAACCUCUCCCUAGGGUUUGCCGACAUUAGGAACACCACCAAGCCCUCUCUCUUUAGGGUUUAUUACCACCUCACCAUGCCUGCUCCCCCCUUCCUCCACCUCCACACACCCGCCGCCGUAAAAAACCCUACAACCUUUCUGCCCACCAAAACCCCCAGUAUCGUUCCCUUUAGGGCUUGGUUUCACACUGCUUCGGAUAAGAGUUUAAAGGUUGCCGCCGCGGUCCACUCCGGUGAGGGUUUGAAGGCUUUGGAGGGAGAAGUCGAGAAUGGAAAGGAGAAGGUUGAGUUAUCAGUGGAAAGGGGUUCGGAGGUGAAGCCGGUGUUGAGGAUGGAUAGGAGGCAGAGGGGUACUUCUGUGGUGAGAAACCCUGAUUUGUUGGGGAUUCCGGGCGUGGGGCCGAGGAAUUCGAGGAAGCUUGUGGAGAAGGGGUUUUCUGGUGUUACUGAGCUCAAACAACUCUACAAAGACAAGUUUUUUGGGAAGUCGAGUCAGAAGAUGGUUGACUUUCUGCGGAGUUCAGUGGGCAUUACUCAUAGAAACCAUGCUGAGAGUAUAACUGCUUUUAUCAAACAGAGUGUAGAUGAAGAGUUAAAGGAGAGUUCAAAGCCUGAUAUGCAGCCAACCCCUAAGAAGAGACUCACUUUCUGUGUUGAAGGAAAUAUCAGUGUUGGAAAGACAACAUUCCUGCAGAGAAUAGCUAAUGAAACACUUGAGCUGCAAGAUCUUGUUGAAAUUGUUCCUGAGCCUAUUAACAAAUGGCAGGAUGUUGGACCGGAUCACUUUAAUGUACUAGAUGCAUUCUAUGCUGAGCCGCAAAGGUAUGCAUAUACCUUCCAAAACUAUGUGUUUGUUACUAGAGUCAUGCAGGAGAUGGAGUCAUCUGGUGGAAUUAAGCCCCUCAGGUUGAUGGAGAGGAGUGUUUUCACCGAUAGGAUGGUCUUUGUGCGAGCUGUUCAUGAAGCUAAGUGGAUGAAUGAGAUGGAGAUCAGUAUUUAUGACUCAUGGUUUGAUCCAUUUGUGUCAAGUUUGCCUGGCCUUGUUCCCGAUGCCUUUGUCUAUCUUAGAGCAAGCCCUGAUACUUGCCACAAGCGGAUGCUGCUACGCAAGAGAGCAGAGGAAGGCGGAGUUACUCUGGACUACCUUCGUGACUUGCAUGAAAAGCAUGAAAGUUGGCUUCUCCCUUCCAAAAGGGAGGAGCCAACUUUACAUGCUGCCCCACCACAUGGGGUAUUGUCUGUCAGUAAGCUGCCCCACCACAUGGACUGCUCUUUACAUGCUGAUAUAAGGGACCGUGUGUUUUAUUUGGAGGGUGAUCACAUGCAUUCGAGCAUUCAAAAAGUUCCUGCUUUGGUUCUUGAUUGUGAACCCGAUAUCGAUUUUAACAAAGAUAUUGAAGCAAAGCGGCAGUAUGCACGCCAAGUGGCUGCGUUUUUUGAAUUUGUGAAGAAAAAGAAGGAAGACCCAACACACAAAGUUGGUCAAGCGGCAAAGAGUAACCAACCGAAUUUACUGCUACCCAACAACGGUGGGUUCUGGGUACCGAAUGGAAAGCAUUUCCCAGGAUUGCCCCUCGAAUCUUUGGAUUUUAGGAGAGCAAUGCCGUCUAUCUCUGGAUAGUGCCUCUGUUAUUUUCUGGUCAUUGUUGUGGAUCCCAAGUCCAUCUCUGUAUAUAUGGUAGGUUUAGAAUACAAUGGGGAUUUUCUGUCAAUUCCAGGUCUUGCUAACACAUUUGGACAUGAGCUGUCACAAGCUUAGUGUGGAGAAAAAUGUCCUAGUGCAUAGUUAGGAAUCACCCCCCUGUAGAUUCUGAAUCCGACGUGGUUGUGGUAGGUGUAGAUUGAACUUUUGUUUCUCCACGUGUGAGAUCGUUUCAACUUCGAGACCUUGUAACCUUCAGAGAUGUGGAUCAAGAUGCUUUGUCUUCAA